AUCUCUUUUGUUCUGCAGAAAUAUUGGAGCAGAUGAUCGAAGGAAAAGUUUAGUAUUACUUUUGAUAAAUUUUCUUGGGCUGUUUAUUGUCGAUCGAAGGAAAUUGAGAAUGAGAGGUAGAAGUUACAGUCCAUCACCACCAAGGAUUUAUGGCAGGAGACAUCGUAGCCCUAGUCCAAGGGAUUGUGGAGGUCGUAGUACGUAUCUGCCAACAAGUCUUUUGGUUAGGAACCUAAGGCACGACUGCAGGCCAGAGGACCUACGUGGAUUAUUUGGGCGGUUUGGUCCGCUUAAGGACAUUUACUUGCCACGAGAUUAUUAUUCUGGGGGUCGGUCCUACAGUUACAAGCGUUCCCCCCUGCGAUAUUCACAAUCACCGCACUCUGGUCGAAAAAAUUCACAUAGUCCAGAGUAUUAUCCCCCUAGACGAUACUCAAGGUAG